GGAAGACUGCGUCUGACUCAGUAUAGUGCUAACGUCCGCAGUUGCGCGUUGCCAGCACUGGUUUCAGGAUGCCACCAGCAGCGUCGUUUGCUCAACGAUGGGCCCGUGACAACCUGACCAGGAAACCGUCUUCCGAGGAGUUGGUGGUGCUUGGCCUCUUCCCCAUCACGUGCGAGGGGAAUGAGGCAGAAGCAGCCAAGAGGGCCAGAAGGUAUUAUACUGCGAGAGGGCCCGGAGGGUUGACGGAGCUCUGGCAUAAGAGAUACCCUGAUGAUGAGGAGAUUCUGUCCAGUUGUCAGGAUGUAUACAUAGUACCGCUGAAAACACGGAGUGCUGGAGGUCGACGAGUGACGUUGGUCAGACUGCCGGCUCCCACGGCGCAGGACAGACCGCUGUCUGCGAAGGCUUUACUAUCCAGAUGGCUAAUGAUAUUGGAUAUUAGACUUCGUGAAGAUCCCACGCCAGGCGAGGAGGUGAUAUUCAUAGAUGUCAGCGAUCUUCAACCAGGACACAUCAAAAACCACUUCAGAGGCACCUACUGGAAAGAUUUCGUUUGGUGUAUGAAGUCCGCCUACCCCCUCCGUAUCGCAGAGGUCCACAUCAUCAACACUCAACGUCUGAAGACCAUGUCCCUCCUCCUUCUCCACAUAGGGUUAUACCCCUGGAGACGCAAGGUGGUCCAGCUGCAUGGAACCUCAGACAGUAUUGAGGAUGCUCUCGGUUCUGACAAGUUCCUAGCUGAUGGCUUGCCGUAUGAGUAUGGAGGGAGGGCAGGACAAAUGAAAGAUCUUAAUGACGAAUGGACAAAGAAGCUUCUAUCAAACUCAAAAUGGCUGCAAACAGAAGAACGCAGGUUCUACGAAACGGAUUUGAAACCAGAGUUGCGCGUGCGCACCCGGCAUCGCAGUGCUGUCCGUACGCUGCGCGGGAGCAACGGCUCCUACGACAUGGUCACACGCACACACUCAUGCAGGUCUCUACAUAGACAUGACGACCUGGAUGAAGGGACCCAUGGUGCUUAUAGAACUCUUAAAGUUACCAGUGAUAAGGUCUAUAUUUGAGUGAGGUUUUUAGUUUUGAGGAAAGUUGUGAUCAAGGACUGUUGUUUAUAAUAGAGGUCAGGAAAGAAAUUGAGAGCUUGGAAAA